AGUUUCUCUACCUUCUUCUUUUUUCUCGUAUUUGUUGCCUUGUUAUACAUUAGUUGUAUUCCUUUCAAGAGUUUGGGCUUUUCAGUAUGCAUAUUGGAACGCUCCGGAGUACCAGGGAAGCGCCCCGUACUAGAUUUGUUCCGUAUCAUGCCGUGAGACAAUCCCCCCCUUCCUCAACCUAGGCCAAAUCACCAGUUAUGACGAUAUAUGUCAAAAUACAAAUUUCACUAAAAACAGAAAAAAUGACUGAUACACACAGUAUUACGGAAGAAUUUACGGAAGACCAGAAUAAAUAUGUCCCACGGGAAGUGAUUAUCGCAGAGCUACCAGACAGUGAUCAAUCGGAUGCUUCAGGUACAUCAGAUGAUGAUGCUCGCGAAAGGCCAAAAACCGACAUCCCUCCUGAGUACUGGCAUAUACAAAAACUGGUCAAAUUCCUGAAAACGGGCAAUCAAACCGCUACUGCUAUAGCAUUGUGUUGCCUCAAAGAUCACGAUCUAACCAAUGAUUUUAAUCAAUUAGCAAUUCAGGAAAUUGGUGGAUUAGAACUAUUGAUUAAUUUACUCGAUACAAAAGACAUUAAGUGUAAAUUAGGAGCGUUGAGUGUUUUAACAGAACUUUCGACGAAUCAUGAUAUUCGUAAAUGUAUUGCCAACCUGGGUGGCAUGAAUCUAUUGGUGAAUAAUUUAUUAGAGCCAGCAAAAGAUUUACAAAUUCUUGUAGCUGAAACCAUUUAUAAUGUAGCACAAGUGAGGAAAGCUAGAAAACAUAUUAGACAAUGUGAUGGUAUACCAAAACUAGUAGAUUUCCUGGAUUGCGAUGAAAUGUAUCUUUAUACACCAAAAAAUAAAUUGAGCGAAACAGAAAUUGAAGCUCUAAAUCUUACAAGCGCUGCUGCAAGGGCUUUAUGGUCAGUUUCAAGGAGUAAUAAGAAUAUCGGUGUUAUGAUGAAAAGUGGAGCUGUACCUUUACUGGCCAGAUUGUUAAAGACAAUACAUAUGGAUGUGGUUAUUCCAACAAUUGGCACAAUUUCUCAAUGCGCAAUUGAUCCAUCUUAUCAAUUAGCAAUUCAGACUGAGGGCAUGAUAAGAGAUAUUGUGAGACAUCUUUCAGCUGAGGAAUAUCCAGAAUUAAGACGAUUUUGCGCAGAAACAAUAUUCAAAUGUUGCGGCAAUGCGAUUACCCGCGACAUGGUUAGGCAAUCAGGAGGAUUGGAUCCAUUGGUUAACAUGGCCAAAGAUGCCAAAAAUAAGGACGAUAAGCAACUUCUUGCUGCUGUUACGGGAGCUAUAUGGAAAACUGCUAUCAGUCCUGAAAACGUUGAAAGAUUUGAUCAACUUAAAACAGUAGAGGUUUUAGUAAAACUAUUAGAAAACGUAGAAGAAUGCGAACUAGUUCUAAGCAACGUUGUUGGAGCUCUUGGGGAAUGUUUAAAAUUUGAACAUAAUAGAGGAUCUUUAAGACGUGCCAACGGUAUUCCACAUUUGGUAAAUUUGCUGAAUUACACCUAUCCGCCGAUACUGGAAAACGUUCCAAUGGUUUUAAAAGAAUGCGCUGAAGACCCAGAAUCUAUGAGAGAAAUCGAACAAUUGGACGGUGUCAGAUUGAUAUGGUCUUUGUUAAAAAACGAUUCACCUAAAGUACAAGCCAACGCAGCUUGGUCUUUGGUACCAUGUAUCAGAAACGCUACUGAUUCCGGCGAAAUGGUACGAUGUUUUGUUGGCGGACUGGAACUGAUUGUUAAUUUGCUCAAAUCUCAAGACUCGCAUGUUUUGGCUUGCGUCUGUGCUGCUAUUUCUGAAGUUGCAAAGGAUAUUGAAAAUUUAGCAGUAAUAACAGAUCACGGUGUAGUACCAUUGCUAGUCAACUUAGUGGAAACAGAGGAUGUAGAGUUGAGGCAACACUUAGCUGCGGCAAUAGCAUACUGUUGCGCAUGGGGAUCUAACUGUAAAGAAUUUGGAAGAUUGGGUGCAAUCACACCCCUAGUACAAUACAUGGCGGAUGGAGAUCCUGUAGUACACAGAACCACUGCUCUAGCACUGUUUCAUCUAUCGAAAAACCCUUUCAAUUGUAUUACGAUGCACGAAAGCGGAGUAGUUCCGUUUUUGCUCAAAGCAGUUUCGUCUACCGAUUGGAAACUGCAAGAAGCAGCUGCCGGUUGCUUAGCUAACGUCAGAAAGCUGGCCCUUGAAGCUGAGACAAGACAUUUGAUUCGAAAUUCACCAUUCGAUUCGGACGAUAAUGAUUAAUUAUUUUGUGCUUACAGCAAUAUUUAUAUUAAUAAAAUAUUUUGUUUAUUUUUAAUUGUUUCUUCUAUUUAUUGGUCGGUGUUAAAGUCCUUCCAAGAAAAUCCUACCUGGUUUAAGUU